AUGUCUGCGACGGACUUGCUGCAUGGCGGCGAGAUCAACAUGCGGGGGGGGUUGCGCUCGACCUACCACGGUGCUGGACAUUGCCCGCUCCAGCACGGAACCCACGCCGUGGCCAAGUGCAGGAAGGCCCUGAAGGUGCUGCGGGGCAUCUACGACGAUAGGCAUCGGCUCCAGCUCGCGGAGUCGAGCGCCGAGGUGGCCCAGGCAAAUAUUGCCAACGCCACGCCCCAUAUCAGCGGCGACGAGGCGACUACGGGGGAUCACGGCUGCAUCCAGCAGGGCCAGGACCGCAACGUGGUUGGAGGUGCACUCCUGGAGCAGCUGGUCGGCCCCGCGAAGACGCGGGCGCAGCUACGGAAGCAGAAGGCGUUCCUAAUGGUUCUCAAGCGCAGCGUCGCCAAGGGCAACAGGCUCCAGAGCCGCCCUGCGACGUGGCGGAGCCGGGAUGUGAUGACGGUGGCGGAGAAGGUCUUGCGAAGCGGCGCCUCGGACCUCUGGCGGCUUGCGGCCGCGCGCGGCGCGCCCGCGGGCGGCGAGGCCUACGCCGCGCCCGCGCCGCCGGCCCCGACGGAGGCGGAGCUGCUGGCGGGGCUGCAGGGUGCCCACGACACGGUGCGGGCCCUCAAGGCCCGCCUCCACGAGGAGGCGGAGCACCGCGCCGCGCUCGCGCGGCAGGCGGCGGCGGCGGAGGCCGCGGAGGCCGCGGCCGCGCGGGAGCUGGCCGCCCGGGACGAGAGGCUGCGCGCGGCCGAGGAGGCCGCGGCGGAGCACCGGGAGGCCGCGGCCGAGGCGGGCCGGGGCGAGCUGCAGGCGCGGUACGAUCUGCACAGCGCGCAGCGGCUCUUGCGGAGGUCCGAGGGCGCGCGGCAGGGGCUGGAGGAGCAAGCGGCGGGGUACCACAGCGAGCUGCUCGCAAGCGCAAGGCAACGCUCCGAGGAGCGCGCGGCGUCGCACCACGAGCUGGACGUCCUGCGCGCUCGCCUGCAGGCGGAGCAGGCCACGGAGAGCCCGGGCCAGCAGGAGCGCGCAGGGAGCGAGCGCGGCGCAGUGGGCAGUGGGCAGUGGGCUCACGCUGCGGGGGUCGGCGCCGACGGGGGUCGGCCAACCUUCGGCGCCCCCCGGCAUGC